AGGAGCUUCUCUCUCGUUACUCGCUCACUCGCUCACUCGCCGACACACGCCUCGACAACUCGUUCUCAUGUCUUCGGCGUCGCUGGCGAUGGUCGUCUUCUCGGGAGGGGUCAUGAGAGCGAGGGAUUAGCGAUGCCCCCCUCCCCACCCUCUGGAAAUUCAUGAAUGCCCGGAGAGGUGAUUAUAGAGUUGGUCAGCCGCGGUGUCGCUUGCUCGAGCUUGCGAGAUUGAGAAAUAUAUCCGAUUAGAGGAAAUAAACGAAAAAGAACUUUUAUUUCAAUUGUUUUUUUUUUUUCUUCUUCUUCGUUGUUAUGGAUUUCUGACGCAUGGAUGUAGGUUUCAAAUAGACGAAUAGAGAUAGACAGAUCAUUAACACAGCGAAAACGAGAAGUCAUUGACGCAAAGCUCUUAGGACGCAUGGUCAGCCUGUCUCAAAACCCCAAUUAAGAAAUUUCUCCAAUUCACAGAAACGACAGUAGAUAUUACCAAUAACAAACAGAGAAUAUAAAACCAAAACAAAAGCACAGAUAAUGUGAGAAGAUGAAGACAUUUGACAGACUGUGUGCAGGAGGAGGUUAGGAGUGAAGUGGCGGGCAGAAAAUUGAAAAAAGAAAGAAGGAUAGAAGAAGGAAAGAAGAGAAAAGAAAAGAAAAAGAAUAGAAAUAAUACAAAGGAGGGAAGAAGGGUAGAAAAGCAAAACAAAACGGAUACAAGACAGCAGACAGUGUACUCAAAAAAACGAAGAGGAUUCAAAUAGGAACCAACGUGGAGGAAAGGGAGUUUUCGUAGCAAACAACACACGCCUUCCUCGGUCACAGAUUUCUCUCCUGUGAGAGUUAAAAGGUUGUCGGGCCAGUUCGUGCAGGAGACGAAGCGAAGAUGCAUUCCAGGCUGCUCAUCCUCACGCUGGCCACUGUCACCCUUUUCCUGAGGCAAGGGGUCGACUCGUACACCGAUAAGGUCGUGGAUAUAACAGAGCUUGUCGUGCCGGAGAACCCACGGAUCGGCGAGGACGUCACUCUCACCUGUCGCUUUCGCCUCGAGGGCCACGGCCACCGCCUCUACACUGUUAACUGGUGGCGAGGAAGAGACCAGUUCUACACGUACAAGGGGAACAACGCAGACCCCAAACAUUCUUAUAUAUUUGAAGGCAUUCACGUUGCGACAAACGAAUCCACAGACCAUUCCGUUGUGCUGAAGAACGUCAGCGAAAUAACUUCAGGAAUCUUCAAGUGCGAAGUCAUGGGGGAAGGACCGUCAUUCAGAACAGCUGUGAAGAGUAAAGUUAUGACUGUUAUCGUUCCACCUAAACAGGUAGAAAUAACGUCGUACCUGCACCCAGACACGACGCUGUACCGCAUUGGACAAAUGGUACAACUCAACUGUACCGCCACUGGAGCUAAACCCAAAGCACUUAUUACAUGGGAGAUUAAUGGUAGACCGGUCGAGCCGAAGCACAUCGAGUACUUCCGCGACAUUGAGGACCGACGGGGCCGUAUCACCUCGACGGUCGGCCUCCACUGGUUCGCCCCGGACUUCUUCAUCCGGAACAAGGCCCAAGUUGUCUGCCACGCCUCCGUCAGGGGACACCACGCGACGGACAGGAAGGACGUCUUCUUCGACCCGGCCUCCAGCGCCGCCUUUAACCAUCAGUAUGCUUCGGCAGGAUGCCAGCUGUCAAGUGCAUGGACGAUCCUGGCUUUUGCUUCGAUCCUCCUUGCAAGAUCCUGCGCCUGAAGUCUAAGAUUUUGGAAGAAGAAGAAGAAGAGAGAGAGAAAGAGAUUAAAAGCGGGGAAGAAGAAAGGGAAGAAAGUGGUGAAAGUGUAUGGUGGCUGUGGAAGAAAGGGCCAGUAAUGUAUGGUGGUUGUGGGGGCGAAUCUUCCGCGAAGGAGAGGAAGAAAGUGAUGAUGGUGGGUGUAGCAGGAAGUACGUGGAGGAGAAGGAGAAGAAGAAGGGAAAAGAAAGAAAGGGAAAAAAAAUAGAAAGAUAUAAAGACAUCAGGGGAAAUGGAUGAGAGCCAGUAUUUCGAAACACAAGCUAAAAUAUA